CUCCAAAUUCAUUAAGUGUAUACAAACUGAAUGCAGAAUCACAUUUUGUUAUGAUAUUUUGUUAAGAUUAUCAUGAUGAACAAAACUUUUGUUGGCACAAAGCUUAUUUUAUGCAAUAAUCCAAGAGCCGAUGGAAAAUUCCUGUUGGGUUUUUGUUGAGGGCGAUGCUAACUUGCAGGUUGCCCUAUAAAAUAUAUAAUCGCUGCAGCCAGUUCUUCAGGUUAGAAUUUUGCUCAAACAUCAUUUUUUACCAAUAUUUAUCACAUUUCACUAAUAAAAUUCUCUAUCUCUUUCUCUCUUUUUCUUUCCAUUUCUGCCCCUCCUCUGUAACCCUGCUGUCUCAGAAAAAGAAAAAACCACAAGGUUGUGUCCUCGUGGGUGUGACAUCCACAGGACUGGAGAUCUCUGAGGUGCUGAAUGGAGAACAGCAGUCUGUGUGUAAUUUGCCAUGGCCCUCCAUUCAUUCCAUUACUUUUCAGGUUCUGUUGAUUAUAAUGUUCACAAAUUCAACCAGUCAACUAUCACUUAUGACUUAAGAGCAUCUUUUUAAGGAACUACUUGUUGUUUUCAGGGUGUUUAACCCUCUAUUUUGCACUUUCAGUUAUGGUCUUGGUUUCACUACAGGGCAGGAAGUUUGACAUUCGUGCUGAAGGGUUGCAUGAGAAAAAGCUGGUGCUCUAUAGUCUGUCUGUCCUUCAUGCCAAAAACCUGCUGCAGCACAUAAGCAACAGUCAUCGACUGCAUCUCAGCACAAAGCCCUUGGUCAUGCUCAAGGAAAAAAAUGGGAGACACAGAGAGAUGUACAUCACAGAUGGAGCUGAUCUGGACAUGGAGGACAGUGAUGAUGAGCUUCCACCAAUGAAGUUCCUCUUAGACAAUGUCCAGAAGCAAACCACUGGCACCACUCCGUGUAGAACUGUCACAGGUAGUGAUGCUUCAAAUGGAUCUUGCGGUUUAGAGAUGAGUGUUGAUGAGCCCGAAGAAAUGUUUGUAGAUGAUCCUGAAGAUGUCCUGCGUUUAAUUGAGCUGGUGGAGGGUGUAUCUGUGGAUGGUCCUUUAUUUUUGCCAAUUUCUCACUGGAAAGGUGAAACAAAUCAAAUCAGUUAAUUUCUACUGUCCACCCUGCUGAAAAAACCUGCUUGGACCAUCGCUAUCGCCAUCUUAAUCAUGAACCAUCUCUUCCAUUGAGUAUUAACCUGGAAGUGACAAGCAACCUCAAGCCAUGGAGGACAAACAGCUUUGGAAUGUACAUGUUUUGAAUGAACUAGGACUAUGGAGCUUUUUAAAAUUUACAUCCACAUUGUUAUGUCUCUAAAUAUGCAACAUGUAAAAUACACAGAAAUUGUUUGCAAAGCAUGCUGAAGUUAUUUUUACAUGCGGGCUCUACUGAAAGACAUCAUGUAAUGUUUUAUCGAACACAGUGCACAGUGUGUGUAACUUUGAGCUUUAUGUAAAACCUAUGGAAACCACUGUGUACAAACGUAAGUAUUGUGAAAUAUUUGGUGGGAAAAUGCCACAUAAAAAGACCGUGAGGACAUGGAAAUAAUAACAUGCUAAGUUUUGACAUUUGAACGGGUGGACUUGAUUAUUGUGCCAUGGUGUCAUGGUUUAUAUGCUGAGUCAUCAGUUAUAUGCUUUGUGCAAGAAGCAGAACUGGUUAUCGGGGGGUAGGUGGGUAGGUAUUAAUGAGGUGGGCUGGCUUCAUAUGAUCCUCAAACUUUCAUUCAUUCUCACAUCAUGAAUUCUUUUGGAUUGAUGCUGAUUUUUUGCCUGCACCUUUACUGUAAUGCACUACAAAAUGGAACGUGCAACAACUUCACAGUGGCAUUUAUAGAGACUGCAGAAAAAGUGUCUUGCUUUAAGGUGAUGGAUGGACAUGGUGCAAUUUGUUGGACUGGCCAUCCGACCCAGGCAUGUCAGAUAGACUAUAGACAUGGCAAGACGUGCAUCAAGUGGCCGGUACACACUGAGCUCUCAUGUGUGAAGGAUUCUAAUGAGAUGCUUAAUACAGAAGAAAAAAAGAAGUGUGCCCGUGACCAAGAAUAUAUCAGUUGCAAUGGAGAGUACAAAUCUGACUCAGAGCCCGGAGAUUCUGCAGCAGCCCUGUCACUGAGCAUCCUUCUAAUUACAGCUGCUAUUACCGUUGUCCACUGGGUGUCACUAUGACACUACUAAUAGUGUUCUGAGCUGCAUUAACGCUGAACAAAAAUCUGUUAGAUUAACAUAAAAAAAUACUGUACAUCGAUUGCACAUUUAUAUUAUGUUCUAUCAACAUUAAUUACCUCUGUUUAUGUAACCUAACAUUUUUUAAAUGAAUAAUUUUUCAUGCUGCAAUGAUGUUUUUAUGUUUUUUAUGCCACAUUACCUCCUGUUGAUUUAACAUGAUUUUUGUUUAAAUAAACAUUAUGAGCUUUAACCACUAUAUGCAGUGGUGUUUCCAAAAAAAAAUAUAUAAGCUGCUUUUUUAAAUAAAUAAAAGUGUUUUAACCAUCUUUAUAUUGUAGAUUUUUAAGUAAGGCAAUAAACAAAAACAUUUCAUGGAAAAAAUACUGCAUUUUUUCAACGGUGCACAACAAUCCAUACAGAUUAAAAAUAUAGAGAUGCAUGUUACACACAUAGCUCAGUUGUUUGAAAUGUGUCUGUUAACAUAUAACAUAACCCCAUAUAAAAGCAAAAUCCAAAACUAAAAAUCUAAUAAUACUUCAUCCUUUUUUAUAUUUUUUACCAGCAGGUACAGGACACUAUAGUUAAUUUAUGUAAGUGAAGAUAGCAAAAUAAAGUAAAAUGUGACACAUUAUACCCACAACAUUUUUCAUACAGUGGACUGCCAAUGAAACUGAUACAAAUUUGGGAUCAAAAAUGUUAUUUGACACUUUGAUCUGACCAUGUUUUGUGACAUACCUUUCUAUCAAAAUUAUCUGACAUCAUCAAGAUGAAUUUGUUCUGACACAGUUGAACUCUUGAGUUGUCAUACUUUAUUAAAAUUGUCAAAACUACACUAUAGCAAAUAAACUGUGAU